UGGCGUGCAAUUAUGAAAGUGGGCGUCGAUACUACGUAACAGAUGGCCAAUUGAUUAUUAAGUACAGCGAACGCCCUUCGCACCACGGCCUUAUGUAGAAAGUCUUGCGAUUCGCUUUUGGUAUGCCCCACCACAACCACCCACAUAUGUAUAUCCAUAUAGUCCGGCAGAUGGCAGAAUUAUAAAAACGCCCAGCACCGCACAAUCGAACAUCAAAGCUUUGUUAGCCCUCAAGCCAACCACCCAACCACCAGCCACCACCCAAACAAAAUGUUCGCCAAGAUUAUGCUCGUCGCUCUCGCCUGCGUGGCCGGUGCCCAGGCGGGUCUGCUGCCCCUGGCCGCUGCACCUGCACCACUCGCUGCCGCUGGCGUCGUGGCGCCCUAUGCCUCCAGCUUCAAUGCCCACCGGAUUAACCACGCCGUGGCCUACCCCGUAGCACCGGCACCUGUUGCGCCCGUGGCUCUGGCUGCUCCAGUGCCAGCUCCAGUGGCUUUCGCCGCACCACCCAAGGUGGCGUUCGCUGCUCCUGCUCUGGCUCCAGCACCUGCCUUUGCCGCACCUGCCUUUGCACCAGCCCCACUGGCUGCUCCCCUGGGCGCUCCUCUGGCUGCUCCUCUGGGUGCCCCCAUCGGCUUUGCAGCGCCCGCUCGCUUUGGACUGCCAGCUGCGCUUCCCUUCGCCGCACCCAGGUUCCCAGCGCCCGCUCCCUACUUCAUCUAGAUACAGUCCCCAUCCUUAGCUAGCUUAGAUUUAGCCACCCCCACACAUCCCUAGACCAAAACACACACAGCAGUAAGCAGAAUG